AUGCUAAAAUACUACAAUCGAGCAUUAACGUUUGAAGAGUUGGUUCUACAACUAUCAUCAGUGAAAGAUACAACGUGUUAUAUAUUAAUUUCUGAUCCAACUUUAUAUUAUUCACACCACAGUAAUGAUACUAUCAAAUUAUCAUGGAAAGGGAUCCAUAAUCUAAAUAAUUGUCAGUUAAUAUUGAUUGAGUCUUGGUCAGAAAUAAAAGAGUUUGUGUCUAAUAUAGUUGAUCGAUGUCUUAUUGUGUUUUAUGGAAUUUUCAAAACAUUUAUUGAACUUGGAUUGAAUAGUAACGAAGGAGAAAAGAAGAAUGGGUUUUUGCAACAUCAUCAUCAAUUUUGUGGAUGGGAAUUAAAUAAAUUGUUUCAUCUACUUUUCCUUAAACAAUCAAUGUAUGGAGUAGAUGUAAUUGUAAACGAUGGUAUUGAACAUGAUAAUGAUAAUGUGGGUGGUGAACCUUUGAUUUGGGGUUUGCAAAUACCUAAUGUGAGAGAAAAACUACAUAAUCGUACUGAUACAACCACCACUAAUCAAGAAGAAAAGAUGAUCUCGUUACGAGUAAUAUUUAUUAAAUGGUUUGAAAUGACUAAUAAAAUAGACUAUUCAACUGUAUAA